GUAAGAGCCUGAUGGGUGUUACUCCCAACACAAGUAUAGGAUUUUUAAUGUUCCAGCGCUCAUAGUAUUCACACCUGUGGCGUACCGUGAUUGCACAAUCCAAAAUGAACGAGUGUUUUCACUGUUUUCAAGAGACUUGUUAUUCGCGUGUCUGUUAUCAUCUGUUAAGGAACGAACCGAUCGGUUUCUUUUUAAAAGUGAUUCUCAUCGACUUUACUGAGAGAGACGGGCCGUGACAUCGCAAGGGUAUCGGUUUUGGCGGUUUUUCACGUGAAUCAUUGUUUUUCAUUUUUGUUUUCGACGGAAGGAUGGACAUUUAUGAGUCUGUGGUGCUCGUCGUUUUUUCUUCGGUUCGAAAUAGAAAAACGAGAAUGCAAAAUAGAUUCGGUUUUCUUCGAGAAAUUCAGUAUGACCAUUUAUCGAAAGCAAAAAAUAGCUGACAGGGCACACCCACGCUGAUUGUAAGCACAUAUACCAUUCUCCCCGACUCGUUGCUCUAGAGUUUCCACCAGCUACUUCCUUGAUUUUCAUUUUUGAUCGUUAGCAGACGUCCUUCUGAGGAGAAAUAAAGAUAAGGUUUUGAAGACAAAACGAAAACGAUCAUCAACGCACAGGAUCAACCACGAAAACAUGUCCAAGUCGCACCUUGUUCGCAAGGCCGCAUUGGCCUUUAUUCCCGCUUUCUUCGGGUUCCAAACCGCUCUCGCUUCCGAAUUCGAGCUUCCUCUCCAGAAUGGGCGCAACCAAUUCGCCACUUUAAUCGGUGUCGGAACGCCUCCUCAGUGGUUCCCCAUGCUCUUGGAUUCGGGUUCCGAAGAGCUCUGGGUCCCCGGUCCCCGCUGCGUGGCCUGUGACCGCGAUAACAAGAUCUUCCAACCUGCAUCUUCUACCUUAAGGGUUCCCACAUUGCAUUCAUGCUGCAAUUGCAUCCUUGUCGUUUUCUAAGAAGAAAGGGAAACUCCCUCAGGGAUGCAGUUCUGAGUCUCAAGAAUGCAAUGUGGAAGCCUCUAAUUGCCAGUUUCGCAUUUCAGGGGACGUCUGAGGUUCCUAAAGUAGCUGGGUAUGCGAGUGGCGAAGUCUACUAUCACGAAAUCAUGGAGAAUGUGACCUGUACCUCUCUGUCUUCCAACCAUGGAGGACCGCAAGGAUCGUCGACGGUUGUGCGUGUGCCGAUUGGGUUGACGGAUCAAGAGAGUCCGAUCUUCAAGAACAUGCCGUUUGAUGGUAUUAAGAAGUAUUACAAGAGAGUCCGAUCUUCAAGAACAUACAAAAGGCUGAAUUAGACUUUUUUAUUCUCUGAGUAACACAAUAAAAGACGCGUGCCGAACCACAUUGGUGAGGAAAUGCGACACCGUAACGCAAGCGAGCAGAAAGCUGUCCUCUGAGUCACGGCUCUCCUGCUCGUCAAGAAGGAGAAGAGGCGUGCGCCUCUCAUUGCGUUCUACCGAGUCUGCAAAGGCCAUGGUGCAUAUGCCUGCUCUAAUAGAUUGCUACUACUUUGUACUCUACUAGAGUCGUUUCAUCCUCUCUACCAACUCAGGUAUCAUCGGUCUCGCGCCCAGCAAGUCCAAUUUUGUCGAAGCCCUCUAUGCCUCAGGCAAGCUCCACACGCGUCAGAUGGGGAUUUCUCUGCUGCCGGGAAAAACUACCAUGUACAUUGGCGAGGUUGGCCCGAAAAAGAAAGUGACGUGGGUUGGCAAUGCGGCGCAUGAAGGGUAACAUGCAUUGCUUUGGCUCUUAAAUCGAUUGAGUUUGUGAUCGUCUAAAGAGUUCUAGUCUCCUCUCCUAAAUGUUUGAUUUCCUUGAGAGAACGCAUGCAGCAUUCAUUGAUUUUCACAGAUAACUUUUCUUCCACAUCAGAUAUUGGUCCGCCUCCAACGCUCGUUUGACCUUCAUCGGCAAAGACGGGAAACGCCAGGAGGUUCGCGGUGGUCCUUUUCAGGUCAUCCUAGAUUCUGGGUCUUCUGUCACCAUGAUGACUCCUUAUCUCCAGCGCAUCGUGAAGAACUCUCUUCCCUGUGGUGCCGAGCUGUCGAUCGAGUUCUAUAACAAUCCUACCGACAGCAAACCGCUCUUCAAGCACGACGUCGAUGUCUUCGUGCAGAGUCGCCGCGAUCACUCCAAAGGACUGGUUUUUGGCCAAGCUUGUGACCUGGAUUUGAUGCAGUUGCAGGGGUUCGAUGACAACACGGUUGUGUUGGGCAAGGACUGGUUUGAGCAGGUCGAGACCUGGUUCUCGUGGGAAACCGACAGUGUUGGGUUCGUCGCGGGGAAACAGUAGAUGGAAACCGACCGUGUCGGGUUCGUUGCGGGGAAUCAGUAGGUAGGCGGUUUUCGGAACUUUCUGAAGAUGUAUUGCUGCGGGGAAUGUCAAAAUCCUAAUUCUGAAAGGAAAUGCUGUAGGAGUAGUUACAUGCUAGAGCUAAUUUGAUGGAAGAAUAUGAAGCGAAUAUGUAGAAGUAGAUAGACCUGAGAUGAUUCAAGUCUAGGAACGUGGUAUGAACGAUCAAAAGGUCUAAGUUUAUCGUAUGAUGUAUCCUUGAACUUGUUUUUCUUGAAUUUGAAAAUUUUGAAGUUCUUAGUGAAUUCGAAGAAAAUCAGAAAAAAAGAAUUCCGAGUAAGUAUGUAGUCAUUUUCUAUGAGAGUAGUUAGUUAGUUAGGGAAAGAGUUUUGGAUUGCGGUAGAAAAAAAGAAACCUCCUUGAACAGUACUUAAUUUUGCACAGUGUAAGUUUUGCCUACUAGUAAGUAAAUUUAUUCAUAAUCUAUGAACAAGGAUAAAUUUGGUCAGUCUUUUUGCAAGUAGUAAGGUGAUAGAAAAAACAAAUCCUGUAAAGUGAACUUGAGUUUUUUUCUUGACUAUGUAGGUAAGUAGGGAAACAGGACAUUUAGGUAUGCAAUGAAUUAAACAAUACUUGGGAUGGAAGUCGCAAUCCACGGGGGACAAAGAACAUUAAAAUGAAGGCUUCAUUCAACAGGCGUAGCAUCAAACAAUGCAAAAGUAAGUACACGUUUCAACUGCAGAGCC